UAAAAGAGAGAGUCCAAGACAAAACACUGUGUACUUGUUCUUGUGGUGGGACCGUGGGGAUCUUUGAAGGAACCCUAAGGACCACGACGUGAGGAAACAAACAUAACCUAAUUGGUGAGAAAGAGAGCAGCUCAGGGGGGGACUGAGAGCGCAUUGGACAGGGAGGGAUGACACUGGCUGAGUGAAAACAAUGGCACAUUCCUGAAGCAUGAGGAGGAUUGGAUAGGACAAGGAGGGAGAGACACGUGCCGCAAGGACAUAGCUUGCUAAGUGGUGCUUACCAAGCACAAUUACUGCUGGACAACGUUGGAACGCUAAUCUCUUCUGGGUGGGGAGGGAAUAAUAUACUCCCUGUGGUUGUCACAGUCGUCACUUCUACAAUAACAUGGACACCUUCUUCUAGGAGAGCUGGUUGACUCUUUUGUUAACACAAUCCAGGUUGAAAGUGGUUCCUCUGGAUGUUCGAUGCUCACCAGAUUGAGUUCAGUUAAGCAUCGUGGAAGGACUUGUGCCCUGGGAACCAAGGCUGAGGUGAGCGUGAGAGGAGCCGAGCUGCUGUACAACUGCCUCCUCGAUAGUCUUUAUCUGCAUUCAGCAACAACGUGUGGAGGAACUUUCCUCAACAUUUACAGUGUUUAGUGGUGAAAAGGACCCGUAGAAAAGGACCAGUAAUCAGUUGAACGUUUAGUGUUGCUGGACUCUCCUAUCUCCUGUUAAGUCAUUAUCUUAGGAAUCUAAAGAGGGGAACUUAGCCGCCAAAAAUAAAGAUGGGUUUUUACUUUCCAAAGUUCAACAUCCCCGUAAUACAUUUUGAUAUGGCUCAUGUUCCAAUGGUUGUUCUGUUCAUUGGCAUGUUUGCUCCAUUGCACGCCUGGGUGAUUGCGAGUUUGUGAUAUGUCAGGUAUGUCACAAUGCUUCUUCUUGUAAGGAUGACAUUCUUUCCAUUGGAAUGCUAAUUCUUCUGAUUAAGGUCACCUAGUUGAGCUCAAGGACCAUGGCUGAGCAUCGCCAAGGAAUGCCUCUGCCUCCUCAUUUCUCGGGUCGUCAGAGCAAGGAGCCUUAUCUGUUUACCUGAAGAAAGAAAAGGAGGAGGGAAGAGGAGGAGGGAGGGGGAGAAGAAACAGAACAGAAAGUAACAGACAGGAGAGAGUUUCCAAAAAAACAGAGAGGUAGAUAGGGGUGGGCCGCUUGGGAAAGAACACACUGGUCUCAGCAGCGCCGAGACAUUUGAGUCCUCUCAUAAUCUCCCAUCAAACAGUCUGGCCGGAGAGGAGAGAGGGGAAGAAAAGAGGUGAAAAGAGAGAGAGAUUUGGACUGGGAGAAAAUAAGUGUGAAGAGAACAGAGAAGAUGCCGGAGAACAAGGCGACAGUGUGCAGGACCAGCAGCUACCUGUCCCAUCCUGCUUACAGGAAGAUCAAGCGGGUGCUGAGCUUCAGGAGGCGCGUGUUUGGCCAGCGGUUGGAGGAGACGGUUCUGUAUGAGCGGCGUUACGGCGUCCACAUGGCACCUCUGGUGGUGGAGCAGUGUGUGGACUUCAUCCGGGAGCGGGGUCUUCUGGAGGUGGGGCUGUUCCGCCAGCCAGGCCAGGCCACGCUGGUCAAAGAGUUGCAGGACGCCUUCGAUGCUGGGGAGAAGCCCUCCUUUGACAGCAGUACAGACGUGCACACCGUGGCGUCGCUCCUGAAGCUGUAUCUGCGGGAGCUGCCAGAGCCACUGGUGCCCUUCUCCAGAUACCAGGACUUCCUGGUGUGUGGCAAAAACAUCUCCUCUGAGAGGAAACAGGGUUUGACAGAACUACAGCAUCUUCUUCAUGAACUUCCAGUGGCUAACUUUAACCUGCUAAAUUACAUCUGCCAGUUUUUGAACGAAGUCCAGUCCUAUUCCAGCAGCAACAAGAUGAGCACCCAGAACCUGGCUACUGUUUUCGGGCCUAACAUCCUACGACCCAAAGCUGAAGAUCCAGAGAGUAUCAUUGGAGGGGCAGCCGUGGUGCAGCAGCUCAUGUCUGAGCUGAUCAGGGAGCACCAGUGCCUUUUCUCCAGGGAGGGGGGAAACGUAGACGCCCCCGGUUCCUCACGACCAGAUUCUUACCCCUGUCAUAGAUGGAAAGGAGACCCAUUCGAGGGGGCGCAUACCCAGCCCACUGCCCAGGCCCAGUCGCAUGACUCCAGGCUUGGCAUAACAGCCGAGCGCCUCCUACAACAACAGCUAGCCCACCAUCCUUCCCCUUGCUCCCGCCAGCUCUCCCUGCCUCUGAUUGCUGAGAGGAGGGGGUCAGCCCAAAGCCCGUGUGAAAUCAGUUUAGCCCCACGCCUGUUCAAAACAGACCACCAGCAGCCAGCUGAGGGGUUCUCUCCAGUGAUCCCUGCUGUUGGGUCUCUAUACCACAGAUACACUCCGUCCCAGUCAGAGUCCCAGCCCCCUGAGACAGCACACAGCCCCCACCUUCACUCUCACCCUGCCUCCUCACUCACAGCCUCUGCUUCCACUGUGACAAUACAGGCUGACCCAGACCACAGCAGCAUGCUGCCCAGUGGCUGGACAGGCCCAGAGGGUCCCAGCUGGGCUGCAAAGCUGGGGACUACUGGCACCAGUGGAAGCAGUAAGGCUCAGGACAGCACUCUGUCUGUCUAUGACAACUUGGACACACUCCAGAGCAUUGAUGAGGUGGCUGCUGAUGGUGGUGUGGGCAGCACUGCUGGUCCAGUGGAGGUGGAGGCUGGCAUGGCAAGCGUGGCAGACACCAGCAGCUCAUGGUCCUUCUGUGAGAUUCUGCCCCUGGACGAUAGUGGGAGUGGUGUGGUCAGAGCUAGCCUAGGACGGAGGUCCACCAGGUUCCACUCCUUCAGGACUGACCCAGGAGAGGACCUCCAUCCAAACUCCCUAGCCUCCUCCUCUGUCCCUACUGAUGCCCCCCUGAGCACGGGCAGCUCGGAGGUCUUCUUGCCCUCUGACCCCCACGGCCCCUCGGCCUCCCAGGCCAUGUACUGUCUCCUGGCUGGCCUCAGACAAGAGAUGGCCAGGCAGAGGGCUGAGUUCGAGGCCAAGAUCCAGAGGUUUGAGCUGCGCAACGAGGCCCUCCACGGGGAGGUGGUGGGACUGCGGGCCAGCCUGGCGCAGCAGCGCCGCUGGUACAGUGUGGCCGAAAUCAAGAUCCGCAACGUGGAGCGUGCCCGGGCCGACGCCGACCGCCGCAACGCCACGCUGCAGAUGGAAAUGGAGCAGUUCUUCGACACCUUCGGAGAGCUGAGAGAUGAGGCCAGUAAGAGCGAGCGCAUCGUACAAAGCUUCUGAUGGCCAGUCAGAUUAGAGAAAGAUGACACUAUCAGAGCACUACAAGAGCAGCAUCAGGAGCAUGCAAUCACCCGUGAUCUGAAUGGAAUAUAGAGUGAACUGUCUGUUGCCAUGAUAAAUCCAUAUUGGAUUUGUCUCAUAAUGAUCCAUUCUUGAGGAUGGUUCUAAAAGAAAGCUUUGAGAUGGAACCAGCUGGGAUGGACAACUCUGCUUGGAUGUCUUGGACAUAAUGUAGUUCAGCCAGACACAUUGAUAACCAGAACAGAAUGAGAUGGAGAUGACGGAGUGUAACACAAGCUAUUGAACUAAAUGUUUCUAUGACUGAAAUGAGCCCUAAAUAUACAGAAUUAAAGCUUGGAGAUUGACACUUACUGGAUCUAUAAUGGAAUGGAUUGGCUGACAGCUGGGGGUUGGGAUAACAGAUAGCCCAAGACACAAUCAGUACAUCCUGAGCCACAUAGGAAAAGUACUGAAAGAGAUGUUGAACACAGUGAUGAUCUAGGAAGUAACAGAACAAGCCAAUGGAGCAGGGAUAUUCAAAUCGUACCCUACGAGGUCCGGACUACUGCUGGUUUUAUGUUCGACCUUCAAAUGAAUUGCACCCACCUGGUGUCCCAGGUCAAAAUCUAUUCCUGAAUAGUGGGAAAUAAUGAGAAAAAACCCCAGUAAAACUGGCUUCGAGGUACAGAUUUGAAUUUGAGGGCCAUAGAAAAAAUAUGUGUAAAUGCAGAGAGGAUGACCUAUUCCCAAUCUUUGACAAAAUCCCACAUCCAUUUUGGCACCGUGUGAAAGCUGAUCUUAAAUAUAAUCUGAUUUAGUGCUUCCAAGCAUUUGGGUAAUGUUCUGAGUUUGUCUAAGAAAAGACUCAUACAUUUCCCCCCCACUGCAAUAAUUAUGAAUGAUGAUAUAAUUUGGGACCCAUCUGAACACUUUUCCCACCUUGUUAUGACAGAACAGGCUGAGUAACACCUUUCAACAGAUGUCUUAUUAAGAAUACAAGACAUCAAAUCAAAUUGUACUUGUCACAUGCUUCGUAAACAACAGGUAUAGACUAACAGUGAAAUGCUCACUGAUGGCUCCUUUUCCAACCAUGUAGAGUUAAAGAUAAAGAUAAUUUUUUUAUAACAGAAACAGUGACACGAGGGGAAAAAACACAGUGAAUAGCGAAUAACAAUAACAAAUAAAAGGAACAUGGCUACAUACGGGGAGUACCAGUACUGAGUCGAUUUGCAGGGAGGGGUACGCGGUCAUUUAGGUAGUUAUGCACAUAUAGGUAGGGGUAAAGUGACUAGGCAACAGGAUAGAUAAGACAGUAGAAGCAGCGUAUGUGGUGAGUGUGUGUUUCUAAGUGUGGAUGGUGUCAGUAUGCAUGUGCGUGGGUGCUAUGCGUGUUUGUGGCCGUUGUGCGUGUGCGUGUGUGUGUGUGUGUGUGUGUGUGUGUGUGUGUGUUGGGAUGUCAGUGUAACUAUGUGUAAGUCAGUAGAGGCUGGUGGGAGGAGCUAUAGGAGGAUGGGCUCAUUGUAAUGGCUGGAAUGGAAUAAAUGGAGUCAAACAUUAGGCUUCCAUAUGUUUGAUGUUUGAUACAGUUCCAUUGAUUCCAUUCCAGCCAUUACCAUGAACCCGUCCUCCUAUAGCUCCUCCCACCAGCCUCCAUUGGUUUAAAUAGAGUCCUGCAUAGAAUCAGUACAAGAGAGUUAUUGCAAAAAAGGUCAACGCACUUAGUCCCGAUAGCCAUUUGAUUAGCUAGUUAGCUAUCUUUUUUAGCAUUCUUCUGGCUUGGGGGUAGAAGCUGUUCAGGGUCCUGUUGGUUACUGUCUUGGUGUACUGGUACCGCUUGACGCUUGUCCACCAUUGUUCUUGUAUCCAAGAAAGCGUAGGUAACUUGACUAAAUGACUAUUGCCCCACAGCACUCACUUCUGUCAUCAUGAAGUGCUUUGAGAGUUAAGGAUCAUAUCACCUCCACCUUACGCGACACCCUAGACCCACUACAAUUUGCAUACUGCCACAACAGAUCCACAAAUGACACAAUCGCUAUCGCACUGUCCUAUCCCAUUUGGACAAGAUGAAUAACUAUGUAAAAAUGCUGUUUAUCGACUACAGCUCAGCCUUCAACACCACAGUACCCUCCAAGUGCAUCACUAAGCCCUGUGCAACUGGGGCCUGGACUUCUUGACGGGCCGUCCCCAGGUGGUGAAGGUAGGCAACAACACCUCCAUUAUGCUGAUCCUCAACACGGGGGCCCCACAAGGGUGCGUGCUCAGCCCGCUCCUGUUCAUCCAUGACGGCAUGGCCACGCAAGUCUCCAACUCAAUCAUCAGGUUUACAGACGACACAACAGUGGUAGACCUGAUUACCAACAACGACAAGACAGCCUACAGGGAGGAGGUGAGGGCCCUGGCGGACUGGUGCCGGGAAAAUAACCUCAACCUCAAAAAAGCAAAGGAGCUGAUCAUGGACUUCAGGAGACAGUAGAGGGAGCAUGCCCCAAUCCACAUCAAUGGGGCCGCAGUGGAGAGGGUGAAAAGCUUAAAGUUCCUCGGCGUACACAUCAGGAACAUAAGCAUUUCGCUACACUAGCUAAAUAUGUGUACACGACAAAUAACAUUUGAUUUGACUAUGGCGGUUGGAGUUUUAGACAAUUUACAUUUAUGUAAUUUAGCAGACGCUCUUAUCCAGAGCGACUUGCAUACAUUUUCAUACUUUUUCCCCCUGUACUGGACCCCCAUGGGAAUCAAGUCCACAACCCUGUCAAACAGGACCAUUAACUACCAUUUAAUCCAAUAACAAAAACCACAGGAUACACAUUUCAAAACAAUACUUAAAGUGCUGAAUAGAAAGAAGAGUAGAUGGUAAAUAUUUUUUUUCCAUACAGUAUUUGAGUAUAAUUUGACAUGCACCAUUUGAUUUAUACAUGUAUCCAAUGGCAGGUUGUGAGCAUGAUGAGAAAUAUGUCAGUCUUAUUUUUAUAAUACUUAUACAGUACAUAGAAAUAGGGGUAUUAUAAAGCAGUUGGCUACUGUAAAAACCUUUUUGCCCCAUACAGCAUUAUGACUCAGCUUAUAGUGUAUCAAAGAAAUUCAGAUAAUGAGUGGAAUAUAUUAUUUUAUACAAUGGGCGGUUCUAAUCCUGAAUGCUGAUUGGUUAAAACCACAUUCCAGCCGGUGUCUAUUCCACAAGUUAUCCCCGGCUAAAUAUAUGAUGUUAAAAUGCCUAUUGACUCUGUUCCAUCUGACGGCGCAAUCCACUGUCUCAUCAGUCCAGCCAGGCAAUUUAUAAACACUUUAUAAACUUGAUCUCCACUAUAAAAAUCAUCUAGACAUUAUCUCACAGAUUUGUAUGAACCAUGCUGUCUGUCUCUCUGACAUUUGUAACAUUGCUUCAAUAUUAAAAUUAGAUCUCCAACUGUCC